AGAGGGAGAGGGAGAGGGCCGGGGUCGGCCGGUUGUCCGGGCGACGGCGGGGAAAGCGGCCAAGGCCCUGCCGGAGGAGACAGGCCCCGAGAGGGAGAGGAAGACCCCGGACCCCGCGCAGGGCCCCACUGAGCCUGACGCCCGGGACCCGGCCUGCUUUGCCCCACGGAAGAUGGAGAACGAGGAGAAGGUCAUCAACAAAGGCGAGGAGGACGAGAUGAAACUCUGUGGCUACAGCUUCUGCCGGUGGAGGCUGGCGCUGGUGGCGCUGGGCAUGGUGCUGACGGGGGGCUUCCUGCUGCUGCUGCUCUACUGGAUGCCCGAGUGGCGCGUCAAGGCCACCUGCAGGCGGGCCCCGCUCCGGGGGUGCCAGGUGGUGCUCCUCAGGACCACGGAUGAAUUCCAGACGUGGUUUUGCGCAAGGGUGCGCACCGUGCUCUCUUUGGGGCUCCAUCCGUUGCAGACCCCAAAAUACGCGCCAGAGAAGGUGGCCAACGGCUGCAGCGGGCACCUGUACGUCACUCCCUCCGACGAGAGCAGGACCGACCUGGGCAACAGCGGCCCCAAGGCCCACCUGCAGGAGAUCCGGUGCUUCACCCACCACAGCAUGAAGUAUUUCUGGAAUGACACGGCCCAGAACUUUGGCCCCAUCAAGGGCUUGGAUGAGUCCACUUCCUGUUUGUCCAUCCAUAAGGAGCACAGCAGAGGGCUGACCAAGGGGACACAGGAUUACAGAAAAUUGUUCUAUGGAGUAAAUGAAAUUGCCGUGAAAGUGCCUUCCAUUUUUAAACUUUUGGUCAAAGAGGUUCUCAAUCCUUUUUACAUUUUCCAGCUGUUCAGUGUGAUCUUGUGGAGCACGGAUGAAUAUUACUACUACGCAGCCGCCAUUGUGGUCAUGUCUCUGAUAUCCGUGGUCAGCUCCCUGUACACCAUCCGGAAGCAAUACCGGAUGCUCCAUGACAUGGUGGCUGCGCACAGCAUCAUCCGCGUGUCGGUCAACAGAGCCAGUCAAGGAGUGGAAGAGAUCCUUUCUACGGACCUUGUGCCCGGCGACGUCAUCGUGGUCCCGCUGAACGGGAUGGUCAUGCCCUGCGACGCAGUCCUGGUCAGCGGGACGUGCAUCGUCAACGAGAGCAUGCUGACUGGCGAAAGUGUCCCAGUCACCAAAACCAACCUGCCCAACCCCUCGGAGGACCCCAGGGCCGCGGUGGACGAGGCGUACAGCCCCGAAGGGCACCGCAGGCACACCCUCUUCUGCGGCACCACCGUCAUCCAGACCCGCUUCUACUCCGGGGAGGUCGUCAGGGCCGUUGUCGUCCGGACGGGCUUCAGCACUUCGAAAGGGCAGCUCAUUCGCUCCAUCCUGUACCCAAAGCCCAUGGACUUCAAGCUCUACCGCGAUGCCUACAUGUUCCUGCUCUGCCUGGUCGCAGUGGCAGCUGUCGGGUUCCUCUACACGGUGGUCAUCAGCAUUCUUCACCAGGUUCCGGCCGAGAUCAUUGUCAUUGAGUCCCUGGACAUCAUCACCAUCACCGUCCCUCCGGCGCUUCCGGCGGCCAUGACGGCGGGCAUCGUCUACGCGCAGCGGCGGCUCAAGAGAGUGGGCAUCUUCUGCAUCAGCCCCCAGAGGAUCAACAUCUGCGGGCAGCUCAACCUGGUCUGCUUUGACAAGACAGGAACCCUGACCGAGGACGGGCUGGACCUUUGGGGGAUCCAUCGGGUGGAGAACUCCAGCUUCCUUCCGCCGGAGGAGCAGCCCUGCAGCCAGGCCCUGGUCAAGACCCCCUUUGUGGCCUGCAUGGCCACCUGCCACUCCCUCACCAAAAUUGAGGGGCUGCUCUCAGGGGACCCCCUCGACCUCAAGAUGUUCGCAGCCACCGGAUGGAUUCUGGAGGAAGCGACGGAGGAGGAGACGGCCCUCCACAACCAGAUCAUGCCCACCGUGGUCCGGCCGCCCAAGCAGCUCCUCCCGGAGACCAAGCCUGCCGCCGACACAGACAUGGAGCUCUUUGAACUCUCGUCCGGCUACGAGAUUGGGAUUGUGCGGCAGUUCCCCUUCUCCUCGGCCCUGCAGCGGAUGUGUGUGGUGGCCCGGGCCCUGGGGCAGAAGCGCAUGGACGCCUAUGUCAAGGGGGCCCCCGAGGUGGUGGCCGGGCUCUGCAAGCAGGAAACAAUCCCCCAUGACUUUGAGCGCGUCCUGGAAGAGUACACCAGGCAGGGCUUCCGGGUCAUUGCCCUCGCCCACAGGAAGCUGGAGUCCAGGCUGACCUGGCACAAGGUCCUGAACGUGGGCAGAGACACCAUUGAGGCCAACAUGGACUUCCUGGGGCUCAUCGUGAUGCAGAACAAGCUCAAGCCGGAGACUCCCUCCGUCCUGGAAGACCUGCACAGGGCCAACAUCCGCACUGUGAUGGUCACAGGGGACAACAUGCUGACGGCCAUCUCGGUGGCCAGGGACUGUGGCAUGAUCCGUCCCCAGGAAAAGGUCAUUGUGGCCGAAGCGCAGCCCCCCAGGGAUGGGCAGCCGGCCAGGGUCAACUGGCAUUAUGCCGAUGCCUUGCCCAGGGGCCCUGACCCCUCGCCCACCAUCGACACAGAGGACGUCCCCAUCAAGGUGGCCCAGGGCAACGGCUUGGAGGACCUCCUUCCGGCCGCGGCCAGGUUCCACUUCGCCAUGAACGGGAAGUCCUUCGCCGCCAUCCAGGAGCACUUCGCGGAUCUCGUCCCCAAGCUUGUGCUGCAUGGCACGGUCUUUGCUCGCAUGGCGCCGGACCAGAAAACCCAGCUGGUGGAGGCUUUGCAAAGCGUAGACUACUAYGUGGGCAUGUGUGGUGACGGCGCCAACGACUGUGGGGCCCUGAAGCGGGCGCAUGGCGGGAUUUCCCUCUCGGAGCUGGAGGCCUCUGUGGCGUCGCCCUUCACCUCCCGGACCCCCAGCAUCGCCUGUGUCCCCAACCUCAUCAGGGAGGGCCGCGCAGCUUUGAUCACUUCCUUCUGCGUCUUCAAAUUCAUGGCUCUGUACAGCAUCAUCCAGUACGUCAGCGUCACCCUCCUUUACUCGAUCCAGAGCAACCUGGGAGACUUCCAGUUCCUCUUCAUUGACCUGGCCAUCAUCCUGGUGGUGGUCUUCACCAUGAGCCUGAACCCGGCCUGGAAGGAGCUGGUGCCACGCCGGCCACCCUCUGGCCUCAUUUCGGGGGCGCUGCUCUGCUCCGUCCUCUCCCAGAUCCUCAUCUCCCUCGGCUUCCAGACACUGGGCUUCCUCUGGGUCCGCCGGCAGCCCUGGUACCAGCCCUGGAGCCCUCUCCUCUCAACAGACCCGUGUGCUGUGCCCGGGGAGCACGUCCUGGCCAACGCCUCCUCCGCGCAGGGCCACAACGCCACCCCCUCCCACGACGAGCACAACAUCCGCAACUACGAGAACACCACCGUCUUCUUCAUCUCCAGCUUCCAGUACCUGAUUGUGGCCGUGGCCUUCUCCAAAGGCAGGCCCUUCCGCCAGCCCUCCCACAAGAACUAUCUCUUUGUGGUCUCAGUCAUUGUCCUGACUGCCGUGGUCCUCCUCAUCCUCCUGGACCUGGUGGGCCCCAUCAACACUUUCCUGGAGCUGGUCUGCCUGCCCUCCAACUGGCGGGUCACCAUCCUCCUCCUGGCCGUGGCCAAUGCCUUCGUCUCUAUCCUGGUGGAGAGCCUCCUCCUGGAGACGCUCCUCUGGAGAGUCCUCUUCAGCCGGGACAAGCAAGGGGAGCACCGCCUAGCGCCCUCUUCCUCCUCCUCCUCCUCUUCCUCUUCCUCCUCUUCCUCUCACCCGCCACAGGAGACCCUGGGCCGGUGGCGCUGGUGCGCCCUCCCUGUGCUGCUGCGCUCCCAGAGGAAGCCCCCCAAGGCCCGGUACGCCCACUUGGCCCAGGAGCUGCUGGUGGACCCCGAGUGGCCCCCCAAGCCCUCCACCACCACUGAAGCCAAGGCCCCCCCUGGGCACCGGAACGGUUCAUCCUGCCACGUCAUCACCGUCACGUAGCACUCGCUCUGACCCCCUCCUCCCUUGGCUCCUGUGGCAUGACCUUCCAAGGACACGUCCCCAGCGUCCGGCCUGGACUGACCCACCGCUUCCCCGGUGGUGGCCCUUUUGUCUGUCUUUCAGUUGGAUCCCCAGCUCUUGGUCCCCCCUUCGAGGCCCGUGUUCAGGCUGCACUUUGGGAGACCUGGUUCCUGUGGGACCCCCACAUCUGGGCGGGGGGUGGGGGGGCUUCAGCCACAUUGGCGCACAGGAGCGUCCUGCCUGGGGCGGAUGAGGGGCCGCUCUGCUCUGCCGCCUUUGGAUCCGGACACGGGGCUUUUGCCACAAAUAAUCCCAGGGCGGAUGGUGGCGAGUCCAAAGGCGAAGCCCACUCUGCCUGUCCCUCCAGCUCUGGGGGGAGCCGUGCUCAGGACCCCCCUCUCCCUAUGAGGGACACCUCCCACCCCUAGAAAUCCUCUCCGGAGGGGGGAGGGGAGGUGCUUCCGGGGUCUGCCAAGCGCACAGCCUUCUGGGCCAUCUCCUCACCACUUGGCCACCCACUGUGCCUCUGAGGGAGGGACCCCCGUUGGCCCACCCUUCUAAAGUGGGGGGGAGUCACAGAAUCGGGUGCAAAAGGGUGUGUGCAUGUGUGGCAAAGUCAGUUCUAGGGUGGGCUACGCAUAUCACACGCAGCCUCCGCAGACCUGCUGGGUCUGGAUCUGAAGAGGGACCAAUCUGCAGGCCCACAAGGGGGGGAACCAGGGGUUCUGUGCCGGGCAGUUUGGGGGGGGGGGUCACAGUAGUGUAAGCACCAGCUGGGGGGGGGCAGAGGGGGCCCCACCAAAAAGGCCCCACAAAACAGCCACGAGUGAGCAUUUUCUCACUUUGUACCUCAAUAGAGGGGGACGGGGUACCCAGCUGCCUUUCUUCUGCAGGAGAUUGCAGAGCCCCCCCCCUUUUCCACAGCAAUGCUGAGGGGCCCCCUGCUCAGGAGGGGAUGCAAGAGGAGGAGGGGGGUCCCUUUGGUUACCCCGUACCACCCCCGUGCCCCCCUCUCCUCCUGCCCAGAAUACCUGGCUGGUUUGUUCCUCCACCCAUGAAGCUAUGCACCCUUGACCUCUAAACUGUGACCCGCACAGCCCUGACCUCCUUGCACAGGCGUGUUGCCUCUCUCGUUGCGUGUGCCUCGGAGCCGUAGACCCCACCCUCUUUGGAGUGCAGAGUGGCAUGGGGGGCUGCCCCUUGGGCUCCUUGUGGGGGGGGGAUUGCCUUUCCCUCCUCAUUCCCAAAUCAGAUGCACACAGAGCCCCUCCCCAUGCAAAUACUAGAACUGGGGGUGGGGUGGGUGGGCUGGUGCAGUGGUGGCCCCCUAGACCCUGCUCAGCUCUGGCCCCCAGUGGCCUUUGACCCUGACUGUGCUGAGUGGAUCUUGUGGGCCCCUUUCUUUGGCGGGACCCCCACAACACUCCCUGGGUGCUGAAACGCAUACGGUUGCGAGGAAGGGGCACAGCGCUUGACGGGGGCCCCUCCGCCAGACCGCCGGCUCCCCUUGACCACUAGGAUCCCCCUUAAAUUAUUGGCCGUUCCCCCCCCCCCCCCCCCCCCCACAAAUCUCCUCUUUUGGGCAGGUUGGGAUUGUAAAUAGGGUCUGUGGGCUAUAGUUCCUCUCGUAAUGAUAAUUUUAAGAUAUUUUUUAUUAUUUAUGUGCGUCCCGGAAGGAGGAACGGCGCUUCUCGCGGGUGGAGCGGCUCCGGAACGAGGCUUUUCUCAAAGGAAGAGCCGGGUUUUUUAAAAGGAUCGUCUGUCCCUCAGGGUUGUUUUUACAAAAGCUUUUCCUCCCCUUCGUUGCUCCCAAAGCAAUUCACAAAUGGCCCUUGUGGGGUGGGGUGGGGGGGACCCCCAAACUUGGGGGUGGGGGAGGGCCCCUCUCCCCAUAGCCUGGCCCUUCCCCUUGGGAAGGGGCCACAUGUUCUACUGACAGGUAUUUAUGUGCAGCAAGCAGUGAAGGUGAGGAUGCGCGGUGGUCGGGGCUUGGUCCACGAGCCACGGCAUCCCUUGCCUGUUGCAAUCUUGCAAGCGGGGAGUUUUACGAAAUUGCACUUGGUGGUUCUUUUCCGAAUGUGUUGGGAAUGUUUCUGGACACAUGGGAGCGCAUUGAAGCAGAGGAUUGUGCUGAGGGUUUCUCUCUGACUGGGUGCGUUGAUCUACUGUCGAAUUAAUCUACUGUACGCUGCAGCGGAGGAGCUCAUGGGCGUGUAUAGAAAGAGAGGAGGAGGAGGAGGAGGAGGAGGGCUUUUCCGGCUCUUGCUGCAGGGACCCCCUUCUCCCCCCCCCCCCCCCAAUCUUCCCUCUCCUCCCUCAAUUGCUGCAAGAUUCAGGACUUUGCAAACCGGGCUCCUUCUUCGUGACUUCAUCCCACAAAACUCCGAGUUGCAAGAGCAAAACGUCCGCCAAGGGCUUCUCGGUGUCUCCAAAUUGGUAGUUUUGCUGCCCUGUAAUGGCAGCUUUGAGAAAACGAUUCCCCGUCAAGGCUGAAGCCUUUUUGGGUCAAUUAUGUCCUUCCACCACAACGCGGCGUCAGGGGCCCCGGAGGCUGUGCAAAUUCUCCUCCGAGGAACACAUCUCGUGCUGCUUUUAUAAUGGUACCCGGUUGUCAUAAAGGCCUUUCUAUGUAAUUCAAAGAAAUCAAA